AUGAAUUCAAGUCAAGCAACGAAAGAGUCCGUCCCCUCGCUAUGCAUGGCCGCUGAAAGCGACUUUGAAAAUCUUCAACAGCCUUCCUUUUUCUUUCCUCUCAUCUUGUACGUAAUCAUCAACAUCAUAAUGGCUCCUGUCGCUGUGGUCUUGAACGCGCUGGUGAUGAUCGCCGUAAAGACAAAAUCCCAAUUGAGGGCCCAAAAGUCGAACGUUGUAUUAGCCAUGUUUGCAUUGACCGAUUUUUUGGUGGGAAUUCUUGCACAGCCCAUCUUCAUUGCGGGGAUUAUAUCUAUCUUACUUCAGGAAAGCAAUGGGCAGUCGUGCGUAACGCAAAUUUUGUCUUUUGCUAUUGCAAACUCGUUGUUCACUAGCUCGCUACUUCACCUAGUGUUAGCUAGUGGGGAACGUUAUGUAGCCAUAAAACACCCUUUUCAAUACACUUUCAUCGUCUCAGAAGCUCGCUUAUUGGUUGCCUCUCUACUGGCUUGGGAUCUAUCUGUGACUGUACACAUUCUACUUGCUGCUGACACUGUUGUAUUUUUUAGCAUUAACAGCACAGUCAUUGGACUGUCCAUUGCUAUAAUUGUUUUCUGUCAUGGUUCAGUGUACUUGGAAACUCGACGACACGAACACCAAAUUGCAGUGCAGCAACUUACAAUGGAAGCCAGGAAACAAUUUGAAAAAGACAGAAAGGCCUUCAAAGUAACAUCUAUUGUAAUUGGGGUUCUUAUACUGUGUUGUACACCGUUAAUUUUUUGUAGAAGUGUCCUUUUUCAACUUUACAUACCCUCCUUAAAUAACUUUUAUAUAAUUAUCUUUUUGGCUUCGACGGUAGUGUUUUUCAACUCGUUACUAAAUCCUGUGAUUUACUGUAUCAGAAUCAGACAAUUUCGUGUCGCUUUCAUCGAAUUAAUAUUUAGAAAUGUGAACUUUGCGAGGGCUAAAGAAAUUGAGAGGCAAUGGUUUGGAGAGCCAAACGCUGCGAAU